UCGGUCUUGGUCGGUCCGCACGGGCUGCUGUGUGGAUUACAAUUUGAAAUGUUUGUGCUAGAAGAAAUGAAUUCAAAACUGUAACUAAAUUACGGCCGAAAGUGUGCAGCGUACCAGCAAACCAUACGGCUACUAUGAUGAAGUUAAACUCCAUCUAAACUAAUCAAACAUCGACGUAAAUGUAUUGAAAUGCCGGAUCAACAGCGGAACGAUUGAGAGGUGCUCAGAACACCGCUUGCAGUGCCUGGAGGCGCACUCCUACGAACCCAACAAACAUAAGGAAGUCACUCUGGUCCUAAUUCAUAAAAUCAGUAUUCGAGACCAGUGUCUUGUUCUGUAUCAGGAAUCGAAAAUGCAUCCCAUGCAACAUCUUCAGCACGAUUUGGAUCCCUCGCACGACUUCCGGGCAAAAAGUUGGCAAGGGAACUCCAAAAGAACGAUGCUCUCAAUACGGAAGCAAAUAUUGGGCUACGGGUUACUGCUGAUAUUAGUGUUGCUGUUUCCUGGUGGACAAGCCACUCCAAUGAAAAGCCGUUGCUUACAAUUCGGUACAACAUCCACGACCAACACGCAACAGCAGAAUGGGCAGGACUUUGUUGACGAUUAUGAUAGCUACGACGAUCAACCGGAACCUUCGGAUGAGCCUUUUUUCGACAAAAAUGUUUCUACAGUCGUCACAUGCUCCCGAACGGCACCAUAUUGCUACACGCUCUGGACAUUCGAUGCCGUCAAGAAUGCGAGCCGAGUUGUUGUGCAAGGAUGCUGGGGUUCGACGGACGAUCAAGAGUCCUGCAGUAAUGCGGAAUGCAUCAGUACGACCGAAACACCCACGAAACACUUCUUCUGCUGCUGCAGUGGCGAUAGCUGUAAUGGAAAUUUCAGCUAUCUACCGCCGCCAACCACGGCCGACGGGUUAAGCAUGCCGGAGGAGAACGAAAACAUUACCCCAUUUGCGCCGUACACUUCGAUCUGGAGUUCGCCGACGGUGUACAUAUGCUUCGCAUUACUCGCUAUCAUGGUACUCGGAAUCGUGGGCUUUCUGAGCUGCCGACAGUUACCAAAGAAAGGUGUUGCUGAGCUGCUGGAACACAUGGAACCGUCCGGUCCGGGAUAUAGCUCGAAUCUCUAUAACGUCGAUAACUUGAAGCUUGUGUCCAUGAUCGGGCAGGGCAAAUACGGAACAGUGUGGAAAGGUAUCGUUAACGAACAGCCAGUUGCGGUGAAGAUCUUCGCUGCCCAACAUCGCCAGUACUUUCUCAACGAACGUGACAUUUAUACUGUGCCGCUGAUGGAAUCUCCUGCCCUUUUGACAUACUUUGGGUCUGACGAACGACGAACAUUGGACGAUCGUAUCGAAUAUAUGCUAGUACUAUCGUUGGCACCGUUGGGUUGUUUGCAGGAUUGGUUAACGGACAACCGUGUACCCUUCAGUACGUUCUGCCGAAUGGGUAAAUCCAUCGCCAACGGUUUGGCACAUCUGCACACAGAGAUCCGCAAAGGUGACCUGCUCAAACCAUGCAUCUGCCAUCGCGAUCUGAACUCUCGCAAUAUUCUCGUCAAGUCGGACCUGUCCUGCUGCAUCGGCGAUCUCGGUUUCGCGCUGAAAACGUUCGGUGCACGGUACGAGUACCGUGGGGAAAUAACGCUCGCCGAGACGAAGAGUAUCAACGAGGUCGGCACGGUACGUUACAUGGCACCGGAAGUGCUAGAGGGUGCUGUGAAUCUACGCGACUGUGAAUCCGCCCUCAAGCAGAUCGAUGUGUACACGCUGGCACUGGUGUUAUGGGAGCUGGCAAAUCGCUGCGAAGAUUUCUAUCCCGAAGGUAUAGCCGUGCCGGAGUAUCGGGCACCGUACGAAGAGUACGUCGGUUCCAAUCCCAGUUUCGAGCAGAUGCAGGUGCUCGUUUCCCGCAACAAAGCACGACCUUCGUUCCCGGCACACUUUGGCGCAAGCCUGGUGACGCAGAUCGUUCGCGACACUUGCGAGGACUGUUGGGACCACGAUGCGGAAGCCCGGCUAACGGCAAUGUGCGUACAGGAGCGGCUGCAAGAAAUUGCCCAGAUAAACCCUAGCGCACGCAGCAUGCCUGUGAGAGCGUGCAGCCACGACGAUGGCACUGCGUUGGAGAAGACCCAACUGUAUCAGUUGGAAAGCGAUGGUCCCGCCAUGGUGGCAAUGAUGGGUCAACUGCAUCAACGGUACAGUCCGGACGGGACGAUUGCAUUCAUGACUCCACCAAACCAGCAGAUCAUUCCUCAGCUGCCACCGGCCGGCUAUAGGGACGAUACGACCGGAUCGUACAAAUACGGCAAGCUAUCGGGCAGUAACAUCUCAACAACGAACAGCGGUGCACCGUCGUCUCAGUCCGAUGAGGACGAGCAACACACCGUGCGCAAAGGACAGGCGCCACUAAUUCAGAAGGAUGUGUCCUUUGCAACUGGGCCCGGCAAGGGUCUCGGCGGCAGCGUGAAGGUAAUGCUGCAGAAAACAUUCCACAAAAAUCAUUUGGGAGGCGGAAAUAAUCCCUCCCUAAUGGGUCGUGCGUACGAUGGCACCCAACACACCAGUGACGAUGGUGAUGAUCGUUCCAAUUUGGUAGUGGUAGUCGAAACCACCGAUCCAUAUCCACAGCAACGGAAUGCACUGCUUUCGCAACAAGAGAUUCUAAUGAAUCACCACAACAACCAGCAACAGCAUCUGCAGUGCGCCAUGGAGCGACCGACGAAUCUCGAUCUCGGUAGUACCGGGAAGUACGAGAGUAACCUACUGCUGCACGAACCGCAACAUUCCGUUGGAACCGUUUCCAUCGCCGAUGGUGCCGGUAAUCCACGUGACAGGGUGGAACGAUACGCCAAGGCGCUGGCUGACGCUGACUUCACCCGACAGUCGUUUGCCAUACUGGAUGAGGUCCGUGAUGGAGGCGGUAACGUGGACAACACCGGCACAGUGGCAGCACCCGAUCUCGACGACACCACACACCAGACGUUGCGCAUUGUUGUUUCCAAAUCGGCGAAUGCGAUGCAUCCGCACAAAGGUGGCGUACACGCAAGGCAAGGAUCGGGAAGCUCAUCGCCACCUCCGUUCAUGGACGAUCGAUCGCUGAAAAGGCAACGGUCGCUAGAGGUGUUCCAGGAGGUGUUCGGUCCCAAGGGUAGUAUCGAGCGUCUGCGUAAUCCUAGCCAGCGCGUCAAGACACCCGGCGAUGUACCGCCCUCGGUGCGUAAGGUACGCGCGUCAAAGACACUGUCGCUCUACGACGAUCGCAUGAUGACGGCCACGGUAGCAACCGGAAACCGUUUAGCAAACUCAGUAUAGCACGAGGAGGUACUGCUACUGGAGCUAUAAAGUGUACACGCAUCACGUGCACGACGUGUUUCUUAAGGGUCUUUAAUAGUUAUGUUAGUCUGAAAGGGUCCCAAAUUCACUGCAUUCUCACCUACUGGAUAUAUGCCGGUGUGCUCUAAGCAUGAAGUAUUGUUUUAACAAAAAAAAACAAGCUGCUUUCAUUUUUCGUACCUAUUUGUUUGCUUUGUGCCAUUUUUCACAAGAUGCUUUUGCAAGAUGCAUUCAAUAGAAGUCACCACAUAAUGCGCACGUUCUAUUUAUGUUUGUAGCAUCGUUCUAAGCUUUGUAAUGCGGUGAUAUCUGCUGCAAAGGUAUAAUCUCCUGCAAAGACCGCGUUACAACCAUGAUAUGGUUUAGUUUAAACAGUCCUUCCUGUGUCGCUCGCAGUAAAGACUAGCUGUAUUCUCAUAACUUUAUUAGAUUCAUAGUGGAUUAUGAACAAAUUUAUAAAACCAUACAGUUUUGAUACUCCAGUGAAUAACUCAACACUGUGCAAAAACACUUUAAGAAGCGUUCUAGCGCACAGAUAACGGCGAUGUGAAUGGUGGUUCCAUUUUGAGAGGGCGGGUGUGAAAAAUUGGCCGGGAAAUUGUUGCACACCAGUAAAAGAAUGCAACUUAUACAACAUAAUGGACUGAUUUAAUGCCAGAGCAUGCGUCACACUAGAGUUACUGUGACAACAACAUUAUUGGCAGUAAAAGUAUAAAAAGUAAUUCCUACUUACUUCUAGAGAGGAUUCGGAUCUAGAGGGAUCCUUACAUUACAGGAUAUUAAAUCGAGAUUGUAGAAGAAUGUUAAAAAUGAGUGUGAAGUUAAAUAAGGAAGCUAAAAGCUAAAAAAAACCUCGAUAUAUAUAGCAGUAGGGUGUAUCUAGGUAAGUGUCCUCUAUUUACGAUUUGUCGGGUUACAUAUAACCUGGUUACGAUUACUAUUUGCCAUGCACGUGCUACACAUUGCACAACACUUACCAAGUUGUUUCGAUUUUGGGUGUUUUAGUACUUUCCGUUGAAUUACUAGUGAUAAUAAUGCAUGCAUGAAUGAAGAACAGUAUUCCUCUCUUGUGCAAGAGUAUGAAAAGCUAACAGGCGGCACUACAUUCGUUCGAUACCAAAACCGCACACCAAAACCAAAAAAAGAUAAGCAAAAAAAUACACAUUGAUUGGCAGGCCAUUGACAUUUUGAGAAUAAAAUUUAGCGAAAAAGUAUUAUUAGAA